AUGCCUGCGGGGUCCUGCUUGAUCACCGGAGGCACCGGAUACAUUGGCUCCUUCACAGCCCUAGCCCUUCUCGAAGCAGACUACAGGGUCGUCGUGGUCGACAACCUCUACAACUCCUCUCCAGAAGUCCUCAAUCGGAUAGAACUCAUUUGCGGCAAACGACCCGAAUGCUACAAUGUCGACAUCACGGACGAAAAAGCCCUCGAUGAUGUCUUCUCCAAACAUCCCGACAUCGACAGCGUCAUUCACUUUGCCGCAUUAAAAGCCGUUGGCGAGUCGGGCGAGAUUCCCCUCGACUACUACCGUGUCAAUGUCUAUGGCACACUCUGUCUCCUCUCUUCGGCUGCCCGACAUAAUGUGACAAACAUCGUCUACUCCUCAUCCGCUACCGUCUAUGGCGACGCCACGCGUGUACCGGGCAUGAUCCCGAUUCCAGAAGAAUGCCCCCUGGGACCUACAAAUCCCUAUGGCAAUACCAAGUUCGCUUCCGAGUUGAUGAUCACGGACCAUAUCAAUGCCGAGCGCGCAAAGGCCCAAAAGCAAGGGGAUGCAGAUGCAGUCAAGAAAUGGAACGCCGGACUCUUGCGAUAUUUUAACCCGGCGGGAAGUCACCCCAGCGGAAUCAUGGGUGAAGACCCCUCGGGAGUACCAUAUAAUCUGCUCCCAUUGCUCGCGCAAGUUGCCACAGGGAAAAGAGACAAAUUGCUUGUAUUUGGCGACGAUUACGCAUCUCACGACGGCACCGCCAUUCGCGAUUACAUCCACAUCCUGGACUUGGCUGAAGGCCACCUAAAGGCACUCGACUAUCUACGCACGCAUCAACCAGGCGUCCGCGCCUGGAACCUAGGCACCGGGCGCGGCUCCACUGUGUUCGAGAUGAUCAAGGCGUUCAGCAAAGCGGUGGGUCGGGAUCUACCCUACGAAGUAGUUGAGAGAAGACCAGGUGAUGUACUGGAUCUGACCAGUAACCCCACACGGGCAAAUCGAGAGCUGGGUUGGAAGGCCACCAGGACGAUGGAGGAUGCAUGUGCCGAUCUAUGGCGGUGGACGGAAAAUAACCCCGAGGGAUACAGGCAGAAACCGCCCCAGCAGUUUUUGGAUGCGUUGAAGAAGAACAACUGA